AUGUGGAUUCUGAAAUACCGAUAUUCUGAUAACUAUAGCAAUUGGGAAAAUGUUUCGUGUUUAGUCGGAAGAGAUUGCCAUCACAGCAUUGGUAGAUCGACCAAAAGCCCACUGUUUAUCAAGAAUGACAAAAGCAUAUCAAGACAGCAUAUCAUAAUAAACAUUUUGCAAAACAAUAGCAUUCAGAUAACUAAUAUUGGGCGUGUGACGAAGCACGAGGGAGAAAUUUUGAAAUCGGGCCAAAAAUUGGUCUUUCCAGCAGAGAAACCUGUGUUACUGGAACUUGGCGUUAAGCCAAUACAGCUGGUGUUCCAGUGGAAACCGGCAAUGUGGAAGAUUUCACACGAUCUGUCGACAAGUGCAAUGGGCACUCUCGAUAAAGUAAGAGGUUUUGGAAUCGAAGUAGACACAUCUAUGACGAUGAAAACGACUCUACAAAUUGUGAAGGAAAACCAAGAAACGUUUACAAAUUGCAUAUUUGCCCUUGUGAGUGGCAUUCCUAUCUUAAAAGAGCACUUUUUGGCAGAUUUUAUCAGCUCUGCUCUAGCUACCCAGACAGAUUUUGAUGAAUGGUGGCCCGCUUUGUUUGCGAAACAUGCAGUUUUCCCUGAUUUCAAAACUCAACGAAAUGUAUUUGGCUCUAUCAAUUUCAUAGUUGCGACUCAGCGGGCUUUCUCGACAUUUAAACGAAUUGUCGAGGCAGGUGGUGGAAAUAUAUGGUUGUGUGACGAUAUACAGCAUCUAGGAAGAUUUAUUAACGACAAGGUUAAAUCUGACCAGAUUGUCUUUCUAGUUCACGUCUCCGGUCUCGAUGAUGUCAAAAACGAUACCAGGGCUGAUUCGGAGAUAAAGUUAGCUAGGGAUUUGAAGCGAGCUGCCUUAGGUCUCGGAUUUGCUAUACACAACGUUAACAGUAUUCUUUCCGCGGUGCUGGGUCAAGACACCUCAGGGUUGCUGCGCCGAGUGCCGAUAGUCCUAUCUGACCUUAAAGAGGGUACUCUAAUUGAGAUUGAACCGGAAGAUCGACCUACGAGCGAUUUCGCUUCUCCAAGUCGGACGACCCCUGCGACUGGCAGCGAAUCUCAAAAUAAAGUACGUGCCAGAGCCAAACGAAGGGUUCAACCCCUAGAUAGUCUAACUUUUUUCGCAGGCGGCUUGGCCUUUACCCCAUCUGAAGAUACCAUACCUUCAAAACGAGCCCAUGAUCAACUGGAAGAAAUUCGUAUACAACGGAGUCCUGAAGCGCUUGAAAAAUCGCCCAAAAGGCGACAUUCCCACACCACAGAUGUCACAGCAUCUUCCGAAGUGGCACCUCAAAAGGAAUCUUUUGUCCACAGCAUUAGACUGGAAGCGUUACCUGAAGCAACGAAACCGGAAACUGUUGAAGAUCUUCCUCCGACUGAAGCUCCCAGUGAAGUUAUUGGAAAAGCUUCCAAGCGUUCUGAGCAAAAUGAAAUUCGAUCUAGUGCAGCUCCUGAACUUCAUGCUUUGGAUUCGAGGAACGCUGAUGCUGGGCCAAGAAACAAGCGGACAAUUAGCAGUGAGGAUAUCGGGCAGCCAGACCAAAGCACAGAAACAAAGCGUUCAAGGUCUUUAUUCCAGGCUAUAAGAGAUACAAAGUCGCAUGAAGUAGAUCGCUUCGAAAGGAACACGUUUUCAGUGGAGGAUGCAGAGCUAACAGAAGAAGCGCUCAACAAGCUGGUCAAUUUGGCAAUCAUAAACGUGACAAGCCUUAUAGAUCCGAAGAGAAUAGAUAAACCUAUUGGAAUGAACGCGAGCGAUAAGAGCAAGCUAUGGGCUGGGCGAAAAAAUUUUAAAGCGUUUACUAAAGUGUGGCCCUCAGCAAGGGGAACAACAAAUCACGGCGACAACCAUAGGACAAGUCAAAGCAAUCGAAAGAAAUUGGCGCUGGCUAGAUACUCGCCCAGCGGCAAUGAUGGCCAGGAUAAUAACGAGAUCAGUUUUUCUUCACCAGAAACAAAGAGCUAUUCAGAGAAAAACGUAGAUGCCGGGAAUGACGACGUACAAUUUUCGUUUAGAAAUCAAAGGACUGGGACACCUGACAUAGCAAUAGCAUCUGCCUUACCGCAGGCUGUCUCACCGAUCCUCGAAAAGUACUCGUCAACGGCCUCUAAUGCCCUGUUUGUGAUAGACGAUGAGGAUUCUCAACGUGUCGAAAAUGCCCAUAUUGGAGACUUGCAUGCGUCCCCAGCUCGAUUAGGUGGCACCAACGCUAGUUGUCGAGCGUCUCCUAAUGAACUUAUGGCUAGAACUCCAGGUUUUCAAAAUGAUUUUCUUGGACGCAGACAUGUUGACGGAGGUAUAACUAAUAAUGAUGAUGAUGAUGAUGAUGAUGAUGAUGAUGAUGAUGACGAUGACGAACCUCGCUUUAGAUUCAAAUCAAGGCGCUAA